AUGUCCUCAGACGGCACGUCGCAAGCUGCCGCGACCGAUUCCGCCUCCGGUCCCGGUCCUCGACAGUCGCGGACUCCCGAACCGCCUACCGAUUCCGAUCACGAACCUCCGGACUCGGGCCGACAGCCGACACAAGUGACACAAUCACAAUCACAAUCGCCUCCUGCCAAUAGUUCACGCCAUCGCGAUGUCGCCCCUCGCGAUUUCGUCCGUCUCUUCCAGUGUCAGAUCUGCUCACUGCCCCUGGAUGAGCCUAUCAGCCUCCCAUGUGGUAAAAGUCUGUGCCGGCGCUGUCUACCAGGCACACACAUGCGCACCAAUAUAACAUAUCCCGCCGCUCCAGAUCGACUUCGUGGUUUUAAAUGUCCCUUUGAGGACUGCAACAAGGAACAUGCUAUUGGCGACUGCGCCAUUGAUGUGGUGCUGAAUAAGACGGCCCAACAUGUGAGGGAAGAGAUCGAACGAUUCAAGAAUGAGUCUUCGGCCACCGAGAUGGCGACGAGGGUUAUGUGGCCUGAUCCAUGGGCUACUGCUGGUGUUUCUUCUAUGAGGGACGAUGAUGAAGCAUACACAAAGGUGAUACCCGGCGGAAAGGUUAUUGCCACUUAUCGCCUGGCAGAAGAGGGUGACUUGUCUUACGAGGCCGAUAUAUGCUACGACGAAACUAUAUCGGCGACGCCAUCACCACCUCCCGAUGCUGAUGAUACGGGGCUUGUUCGAAAAGCGCAAGACGCCACUCGCGCUGAAAUGGACUGUCAGGUCUGCUACGCACUCUUCUACGACCCUCUUACAACCUCUUGCGGACAUACUUUCUGUCGGUCAUGUUUGCAUCGCAUUCUUGACCAUUCACGAUAUUGCCCGAUAUGUCGUCGCCCACUGGCUAUCAGCCCCCUACUGAGUCAAACUUCAUCGCCCUCCAAUCAGACUAUCAAGCGCAUAAUUGAAACAUUCUGGCUGGAGGAAGUUAACGCUCGAAAAGAAGCACUGGACGCCGAACGGGCAGCUCAGAUGCAAGAUUACGACCUCGCUCUCUUUGUAUGCACACUGUCAUUCCCUCAAAUGCCGACAUUCCUACACAUCUUCGAGCCGAGAUAUAGACUCAUGAUUCGGAGAGCACUGGAAGGGGACCACACUUUCGGUAUGGUCAUACCAAAACGACCCCAACGUCCUGGGGAUGCGAAUUUUCUCGAGCUAGGCACGCUCCUCCGCAUUGUCAAUGUUCAGUUUUUCCCAGAUGGCCGGAGUCUGAUUGAGACUGUGGGGUUGUCACGCUUUCGCGUUCUCGAACACAGUUACCUUGACGGAUACAUCGUCGGCAAGACUGAAAGGAUAGAUGACGUUAGCCUCGAAGAUGAAGAAGCUGCGGAGGCUGCUGAAGCAUCACCAAUAGAGACUGAGGAUCAACAGCAACCCAUGCAGACUAUGGAUACUGUCAAGGAACCCCCUGAGCCAACACCGACAUCUCCAUUACCACGGUCUGAUUCAUCCAGUCCACAUACGCCAACCUCAGUUGCCGAGAUUGACUCAAUGUCUACACAGAGUCUUAUGCACUAUGCCUCAUCUUUUGUCGCUCGGAUGCGUCAACAGAGUGUCCCUUGGUUGACAGAACGCAUGUUGACGAUAUAUGGCGACUGUCCAGAAGACCCUGCCAUCUUUCCUUGGUGGUUUGCCAGUAUGUUGCCUGUCAAAGACAUUGAGAAAUAUCGACUCCUUGGCACAUCCAGCGUACGCGAGCGACUCAAGAUAUGCUGCACGUGGAUUGUGGAAUGGGAGACUUCCCGAUGUUGUUGUACGAAGCACAAGACGGUUCGCGGAGUUGAUGUUAUUCCACUUCUGACACGAACAGGACGAUUACGACUCGACGAUAGCUAG